UUUCCUCUUUCUUUCACCGUGUGUGUGACUUUUAGGUCAGUAUAAAAAAAAAAAAAACUGAACACAAUAAAAUCAAAACCCUCACUCGCUCCAUCUUACAAAAAAAAAUAAAAAAAUCGCUAACUUCGUAAUUUCAACUUCAUCGUUUUCUCUUUCACUCGCCACGCUGCGCUUCUCAACUGAGUUCAAGACGUCAUCUGAAGAUCUGUGAUGGAUUUGGAUAAUGAUUUGCACGAGGCGCCAGCUUUGCCUGAUUUGUCAGGUUCCCAAAGCAAUGUAGAUGAUAAAUCGACAGGGAAAAAGAACAAGAGAAAAAGGGGGAAGACUAAAAAUAAUGCUGUCAAAAGUGAUGCUAAUGGUGGUGGCACUCCAGAGAAUACUAUUCAAUGCGUGUCUACUGAUCCGUUAAUGAGUCAAUCUUCUGUAGAAGCGGAUAUUUGUUUGCACGGGAAUGAAGAAAAAAAGCAGAAAAUUCUCAGUCAGGCUGCAGAAAAUGGGAACGGGGAGAGUGAGAUCCAAGACAAAGCAGACAACUGUAAGUCAGUUGUAGCUGAUGCAGAGUUACUUGCUAAAGAGUCUGUGUUAGAAGUUGUAAAAAUGGAUGUCGAGCAAAGUAUAAAUGAGAACAGUUCCAAUCAUGAGGAAACAAGUGAUUCUGGGAAGAAUGGAAGUCCGGUAAACAAUCCUGAUGAGGAUUUAAAAAUUCAUGAUUUGUCUAAUAAAUCUGAGAGCAUGAAAACCUAUUCAAGGAAAAAAUUAAACGAUGUUAAUUGUAAGACAAAAUUGGAAAGCCCAAGUGCUGAAGAUUCUAACAAGGAGCCAAUCAUCCAGGACCAUCACAAUGAUGAUUCACAUGAAGUUUCUGAUGGACAAAUGACAGUUGGCUUAAUGGAAAAAAAGAAAGAACAUUUAACCGAUCAGAUCAAAGUUGAAGCGGAGGAAAUGGAGUUGAUAGCAGACAACAAUGAUGAUUCACAUGAAGUUUCUGGUGGACCAUUGACAGUUACCCAACAUGAAGAUACAAAUGCUAGACAGGAAGAUCAUGAUGAGGUUACAAGAAAUGGUCUGAGUUGUCCAGCUGAUAUUUCUGAUUUAAGCUUCACCGUAAACGGUGAUAGUUCUAAGAUAUCACAAUGCUCAGUGGACAAAACUAUUAUCAGAAACUCAGAGAAGAAGCUUCUCAUUCUUGAUGUGAAUGGCCUUCUUGCUGAUUGUGUCAGUGAUGUUCCUAAUGGGUAUUAUCAACCGGAACCAGAUUUUUGGGUUAGAAGGAGAAAAGUGUAUAAGAGGCCCUAUUGUGAUGAUUUUAUAAAGUUUUGCUUUGACAGAUUUCAUGUGGGCGUUUGGUCAUCUAGAACCAAGUCUAAUGUUGAUGAUGUAAUCAGACUUCUUUUGGGAAAAUCUGCAUCCAAACUGCUCUUUUGCUGGAAUCAAUCCCACUGUACUACAACAAAAUUCAGUACUGUUGAGAAUAGAGAUAAGCCCCUUGUGUUGAAGGAACUCAGAAAGUUAUGGGAGAAGCUGGAACCUGGUCUUCCAUGGGAGAAAGGAGUGUUCCAUGAGUCAAACACACUAUUACUCGAUGAUUCCCCUUACAAGGCACUUGUGAAUACUAAGCAUACGGCUAUAUUCCCUUACUCUUACCGGUACCACUACACUAAAGACUCUGGUUUAGGACCUAAAGGUGAUCUUCGGGGUUAUCUAGAAAGGCUGUCGAAGGCAGACAAUGUUCAAGAGUUUGUGUCGGCGAAUUCAUUUGGCCAGCGGCCCAUAAGAGAAGCAAAUCCAUCCUGGGGUUACUAUCUCAAAGUUAUAGAAUCAGUUAAGUGCAGUGAAAAUGAUUGGCCCUCAGCACCAUAUAAGGAGCAAACCUCGGCAACAGAUAAAGAGAAAACCUCAGCACCAUUUAAGGAGCAAAUCUCAGCACCAGUUAAGGAGCAAACCUCAGCACCAGAUACAGUGAAAACCUCAGCACCAGAUACGGAGCAAACCUCAGCACCAGUUAAGGAGCAAACCUCAGCACCAGAUAAGGAGCAAACCUCAGCCCCGGUUAAGGAGCAAACUGCUUAAAGAAGAAUGAAGUAUGGAAACCAUAAGGUGAAUAUUGAUGCACACCAUUCUAAUUUUGCAAUGUGUCUGUUGUGUGCUACAAACACAUAACAGACAUCCUAGGACACAGAUAUGACAAGGGAAGUCUUUUUUGGUAUGUUGGAUUUUUGUUGCACACAUUGAGGACUAAAAUUGUUUGCCUCAAAAGAACUAAAUAGAUAGAUACGGUAAGUUAAGUUAAAGCACAAAUACUACCUGGCCAAAUGUAUGUUCAAAGCAUUUGAAAUGCCAGUACAAACGUUAUUACGAGCUGGCAAUGUUUAUUAAAUGUUAUGCAUGCACACGCAUGUUGUUUAGGUGAAACUAGCUUUGACAUACGUGAUUAACGUCUGCUUCAGGGUAACCGCACCUACCUAUUGUGUUUAUUAUCUUCCUUAUUGAUGCACACCAUUCUAAUUUUGGAAUG